GUCUUGCUGCACACUGAUGGCAGCCUGUGUGUUGUGUCGGCGGGUUGCCAGGUUUCGCUCCCUCACAAACUGGGGAAGAAGUCUAUUCCAAUCUAAACACACGCACAUCAAACCAGAGGAUGACAUAAAUGAUCAAGAGGAAAAUAAAGCGUUUCAACACCAGAAAAAUGCACCCCAAAGAGAAUACAGAUUGCAUUACAAGCCGUCGUCUUACCAUCAUGCUGCAUGGAAUUCUGCAAAUUGUCGCCAGAAGACGGAUUGUGAGGAAGAGGAGCAAUGUCUCACAGCUCAUGGGCCUUCUUUGUGGCAACAGGGGAAUCACUACAGUGUGAGCAGCUUGCGGCAUCUCUCGAGCUCAAAAAACACACUUCUUGACUUGGCUUUUAACAAAGUCCCUGAAUUGGAGGUCUCCCCUGCGUUACCCCACAGAAAGCAAGCAUCACCAGAUGUUAAAGUGGACACACGUGCCUUCCUUAAAUGCCGGCCCGGGUACGCCUCCAUGACCCUUGACCUCACCCAGCGACCUCCCUGCAUCGAAUGGGUGGAGGUGCUGCCGCUACUCGAAAAUCUCUCCAUCUUAAAGGGCAAGAUGAACCCAUCUGAAGUGUCCCAGCUUUUGGUCAAGCUCAGCAAGCUGCAACGAGAGAAGCAUGUGUUGCUGAGGAGUGACCAGCGUUUUGUCAGGCUCCUUCUAUAUUCUGGAGAACACAUUCACCACUUUUCACUGACUCAGCUGCUGGAGCUGCUGCAGUCCUUCGUGUGGCUGCAGAUUCCCUUCUCUCACAGUGUGCUGGAGG